CCGCCCCGCAGUACCGGCGGCGGCCCGUUAGCAGGCAGGCGCCGCUAGGAGCGGCUCGGCGGCAGGAUGAAGUUCGCCGAGCACCUCGCGGCGCACAUCACCCCCGAAUGGCGGAAGCAGUACAUCCAGUACGAGGCUUUGAAAGAGAUGCUGUAUGCAGCCGUGGACCAGGCCCCUUCUAUAGAAGACACAGAUGAAGACACGGUAAAAAGAUGUUUUGCCACGUUUGAAGAGAAGUUCUUCCAAACCUGUGAGAAAGAACUUGCCAAAAUCAACAUUUUCUAUUCAGAAAAGCUUGCAGAAGCUCAGCGCAGAUUCACUACUCUUCGGACGGAGUUACAGUCAACGUUGGAUGCACAGAAAGAAGCCAGUGGGGCUUCCACGCUGCCACGGCGCAGAAAGCCAGUCUUCCACCUGUCCCACGAGGAGCGUGUCCAGCAUAGGAAUAUCAAAGACCUGAAAUUGGCCUUCAGUGAGCUCUACCUCAGCCUCAUCUUACUGCAGAACUAUCAGAACCUGAACUUCACUGGCUUCCGCAAGAUCUUGAAGAAGCAUGACAAGAACCUGGAGACAACACGAGGGGCAGAGUGGCGCGUGGCUGAGGUGGAGGUGGCACCCUUCUACACCUGCAAGAAGAUCAACCAGCUCAUCUCUGAAACAGAGGAAGUGGUGACCAAUGAGUUAGAGGAUGGGGACAGACAGAAGGCUAUGAAACGUUUGCGUGUUCCACCUUUGGGAGCAGCUCAGCCUGUACCAGCCUGGACUACAUUCAGGGUUGGAUUUUUCUGUGGAUUGUUCGUUGCACUGAACGUGACUGUCAUACUUUCAGGUGUGGCUUUUAUAGAUGGACCAGAUGUGUGGCCACUGGUGAGAAUCUAUCGAGGUGGCUUUCUCCUGAUAGAAUUCCUCUUUCUCCUGGGUAUCAACACGUACGGCUGGAGACAGGCUGGUGUGAAUCAUGUCCUCAUCUUCGAGCUCAAUCCCCGCAGCAACCUGUCCCAUCAACAUCUCUUUGAGAUUGCUGGAUUUCUGGGGGUUUUGUGGUGCCUCAGCCUGCUGGCAUGUAUAUAUGGUAAAUUCAUCUACAUCCCUAUGCAGGUGAAUCCGCUCAUCUUGUAUGGCUGCAUGUUGCUUUUUCUCAUCAACCCUACCAAAACCUUGUAUUACAAGUCCCGUUUUUGGCUGCUCAAACUAUUGUUUCGAGUGUUCACCGCUCCCUUCCACAAGGUGGGCUUCGCAGAUUUCUGGCUGGCUGAUCAGCUCAACAGCCUGGUUGUAAUACUCAUGGAUCUGGAAUACAUGAUUUGCUUCUACAGCUUCGAGGUUCAGUGGACGGACAGUGAUGGGCUUCUGGCAAAUACAGAUAAUCAGAUUUGUUACAGCUACUCCUACGGAGUCAGAGCAGUUGUCCAGUGCAUCCCUGCUUGGUUGCGAUUCAUCCAGUGCCUGCGCCGGUACCGCGAUAACAAACGGGCCUUUCAUCUGGUUAACGCUGGAAAAUAUUCCACCACCUUCUUUGUGGUGACAUUUGCAGCCCUCUACAGCACUCAUAAAGCUAAAAACCACAGCGACACCCAAGUGUUCUUCUACCUGUGGAUUAUCUUCUAUUUCAUCAGCUCUUGCUACACCCUCAUCUGGGACCUGAAGAUGGACUGGGGUCUCUUUGACAAAAAUGCUGGUGAAAAUACCUUUCUUCGAGAAGGAAUUGUCUACCCACAGAAAGCAUACUACUAUUGUGCCAUUGUUGAGGACGUGAUCCUGCGCUUUGCCUGGACCAUCCAGAUCUCCCUCACUUCCAUGCAGAUCUUUCCACAUGCUGGGGAUAUCAUUUCUACUGUUUUUGCCCCACUUGAGGUUUUUAGGAGGUUUGUCUGGAACUUCUUCCGUCUGGAAAACGAGCACCUGAACAACUGUGGUGAGUUCCGUGCCGUCAGGGACAUCUCCGUGGCACCGCUCAACGCCGACGACCUGACGCUGUUGGAUCAGAUGAUGGACCAGGAGGACGGCGUGCGGAACCGCCGCAAGAACAAGCAGUGGAAGCGCAGCCAGAGCAUAUCCUUGCGCAGACCUCGCCUGGCUUCACAGUCCAAGUCUUCUGACACGAAGGUAUUGAUAGAGGACCUAGCAAAAGAAGUGAACACAUGAAGCAGCCACGAUCUCUUAUUCAGCAUCCUUUGUUUUCUCGUUCUGCUCCCCUCUUCCCCAAGUAACCCAAUCUCUGGUACAGUUCCAGCUGCAAACAGGAGAAAACACUGAACACAUUUUCCGAGCUCUUCCAGACCAGAUCCUAUGGACUCCAACAAGCUCACUGUGUUUUGUUUCUUUUCUUCUGCGUUAAUUUUGAUGUCCUAUUUUAACAAACAAACAAACACAAAAUAAAACAUUUUACUUUCUUUUGCCAAUAAAGAGGACAGUUCAGGAAAGAAGGAUUGUUUACAGUCUCAACAAGGACAUACACACCUGUCUGGAUAAAGAAGCAUCAUAGGGACUCCCAUUUGGGACAGUGCCGAGAACACCCUCGGUUUCUGCUUGGCCCGGUUUUGACUGGUUGAAACCGGACUUAAGUUUUUAAAUCUGAUUAUUUUUGGUUUUAUUUUAUUUUUUUUCUUCAUAUCCAGCGCUGAGGCACUGGCUGCACUUGCAGGGAAAGUGCACUUAGAGCAGUACCUUCAUUCAUGAAGCUACUUUUUAAUUUGAUGUAACUUUUCUUAUCAUAUAUAUUUCUUUUUUUGGGAAAUGUGAUGUAUGUGUUACGUAUAGUUCUCACAUAAUUUAUGGAACCUAACAACCAUCUGAGAGUGCUUUUGAGUCCUGUGCAAUGAAGGUUGUACCGGUGACGCGGACCCAGGAAUGUGGAUGGAGAUGUGCAGGGUCGUGGGGUUGUGCACCUGUUUCCCUUUGAUUGCUUGCUUUCUUUUCAGCUUUAGUUGAAACCAAAGCUUCUCUUCCUGACUUUGGGUUGCUGCUCCCACUCCAGGCACUGCUGUGGUGGCAGCUGAAGGCUGGCUUGCUGUGUGACAGCAGCACACACCGUCACACCGCCCGCUGUAAGGGAGGGCUGGGUCCUGCUCCAGUGUGAGCAGCUCGAGGCAGAGCCUUCCAGCAUCACGGUCCGGAUCUCACGCUGGAUUUCAAAGCCUUAAUCACCUUUAGCUGAGCCCUGUGGGUAGGAGCAGCAGUGCGCCUUGCUCUCUCCUCCUGCAGCAGAGGCAGCACACGACAGGUCCUGCCGGAGGUGUGUUGGGCUGCCAGCAGGAGGUGGGCUCUGCUCAUUGCAUCCUUGCCCUGCUGUCUGUUGGCUCCCGUCUGGUUUCAGCGAUGGGAUUGCAGGAAUCCCUGCUCUCACAUCCUGGGUUCUGUUCUUUUGCCCUGGGCUGGUAGCACGGCUUCUCCCCUGACUGCUGCCUUGCAUUUGCUCUGAUUUUACCCGCUGUGCUUUUCGCCCGGAGGAUCUGAGGAAGGAAACUCAGUUCUCUUCUUUUCAUUUGGAAUAGGUUAAAACAAAGUGGUGGUGGACCUGUGCCAGAACAAGGUUGGUGCUGCAGGUUGGGAACUGCAGGCUGCAAGCAGUCAAUUUCUUGCUGUGUAGUUUCUCAAAGCCUUAUGGAAAGCCUUUCUCCUUCCUGGCUCCUUCCCUUUAUUUUUGUUUCUGCCUUUGCUGCCAGAAGAAAUAAGCAAAAAGGGGAGGCGGUGUGCUGCAGCUGGCAACAAUUAUCUCCCAGAAUAAAGCACCAUUCCCUUUGGCAGGGAGCUCCCAACCUGCCGGCGGCCUCAGAGAAAUCAGGAAGGCACAUUCCUCCCAAACCAGCCCUGUGGAACCUGCAGCCAUCGCAGCAGCAUGCAUUGGGAUGGAGGUUGGCAAUGGGCUGGGCGAACUGAUGUCUGCAGGGGCCUUCAGCUGCGGUGGGUGCCCACAUGAUGUGGCACCGUGCACACAGGUGCAGUGAGCUGCUGCCUUCAGCCUCCCUUUAACUUCAGUUCUUAUUCCAGAAGGUGAUUCCGGGUUGUUUUGUCUCCUUGGUAAAGAGGGUUUGGGGCUCCUAGGGGAAGAGCGGAUGAUCCUUGCGGCAACCGUGCCGCCCACAGCUGGCCUCACUGCUGCUGGAGGGUUAGCCUGGCCCUGGGAACACCACUGGAGAAAGGCAGGUCUGUGGGAGGAGGAGAGGAGAGGGCUGCUGGCACCCUUUGGUGUCCAACCAUGGCCUGAUCCUCUCGGCAUCGGGGCUGCAGAACGCCCCAGCCCCUCCCCAUCCCUGCCGCGUUGGUCUCAUGGUUCUGCCGCCCCGACCUGUAGAUAUCCAAAGUAAUUAUGGAGUGUGAUUAGUCCUCUGUGGGUGCUUGCUUUCUUCCUUUCUCUUUUGCUAUCCCCUUCUCCACUCUUCUCUCUGGCUAAGUGGAAAAGGUGAGGACAAAGACUUGCCGCUUGCUUGGACUCAUGGUGUACUGUGACUGCGCUGUUAGCUGUCUCCUCUUUCCUUCCCAAAUGGAUAUCAUUUCUGAAGUGUGGAAUAACCCUUCUUGAUAAGUAGGUUUUAAAAAAGAAAAAGAAAAAAAAAAAAAUGCACAAUGUGAUACUGUUUCCUAGUUCCUAGGUGGUUGUAUAAAAGCAAAGUUACUGUGAUUGUGUUUUUAAGAGGAAAAAGUGAUUGGUUACUCAAUCUGUCCUUUUUUUCAUUAUUACAAGCUCUUUGUUUUCCAAUGA